UGUAGCCGUGCUCGAUCAUCUUUAAUCUCAGAGACGUGGCACUUCCAGUAGAGCAGCUUCAGCCGGAAGAGAACAUCGCCGAGAAAAUGGCCUUUUCGACGGGCUCAAUUGAAGGAAAAGAAUCCCAUGAUGAAAUCAAUAUCCGUAGUUAUGCCAUCACACGGAGGGUAAGUCCUCAAAGGCGAAGGGAACAGGUUUACAUCGGUUGUGGAGCUGGGUUUGGUGGUGAUAGACCUUUGGCAGCUCUCAAGUUGCUUCAGAGAGUGGACCUGAACUAUAUUGUCCUUGAAUGCCUGGCAGAACGGACCCUUGCAGAUAGGUGCCAUGCAUGGGAGAAUGGUGGAGAGGGUUAUGAUCCUCGCAUUGCAGAGUGGAUGUCGUUGCUCUUGCCUUUGGCUGUAGCAAAAGGAACUUGCAUAAUUACCAACAUGGGUGCAAUGAGUUCACUUGGUGCUCAGGAAAAAGUUUUAGAAAUAGCAGCCAGCAUGGGUAUUAGUAUUACUGUUGGUGUAGCACAUCAAUUUUCUAUCACUAAAUCAGGUGUAGACCCUUGCUUAAGAGAUUCUGAUGGGUAUAUUAGCAUCUAUCUGGGAGCUGCUCCAAUUGUUGAAUGUCUUGAGAGGUAUAAACCAGAUGUUGUUAUCACAUCUCGAGUUGCUGAUGCUGCCUUAUUCUUAGCGCCAAUGGUUUAUGAACUAGGUUGGGACUGGGAUGAUUUCAACCUUCUCGCCCAAGGGUCUUUGGCUGGCCACUUGUUAGAGUGUGGUUGUCAACUUACAGGAGGAUAUUUCAUGCAUCCAGGAGAUAAAUACCGAGACAUAUCUUUCCCAAGUCUCUUUGAUUUGUCACUUCCUUUUGUUGAAGUGAGUUUUGAUGGGAAAGUAUGUGUUGCAAAGGCAGAUGGCAGUGGUGGGGCUUUAAAUUUUAGCACUUGUGCCCAACAACUCCUUUAUGAAGUUGGGGAUCCUGGUGCUUACAUUACUCCUGAUGUAAUAGUAGAUUUUCGGAAUGUUUCAUUUCAACAAUUAUCAAGCAGUAAGGUUCUAUGUUCUGGAGCAAAACCCUCUCCUUCAUUAGUACCUGAAAAACUGUUGCUGUUGGUUCCAAAGGACUGUGGAUGGAGGGGCUGGGGUGAGAUAUCUUAUGGGGGAUAUCAAUGUAUAAAACGUGCUGAAGCUGCUGAAUUUCUGGUAAGAUCAUGGAUGGAAGAAGUGUAUCCGGGUAUUAGCAGCCGGAUAGUUUCUUACAUAAUUGGGUUGGAUAGCCUUAAGGCAACCAGCAUUGGUAACAGCACCACUAUGCAGAUGGCUAGUGAAGAUAUUAGGCUACAUAUGGAUGGGAUAUUUGAGCAGAAGGAACAUGCAGUUCAAUUUACAAAAGAGUUUAUUGCUUUGUACACAAAUGGACCUGCUGGAGGUGGCGGCAUCAGCACUGGACACAAGAAAGAGAUAAUUCUUGAAAAAGGAUUUGUAGCUCGUGAACAUGUUCAUGUGAACAUUUGUUCAAAGCGAAAUGAAGUAGCAAACUCAGAUAAUCAGGGAAUCAAUCUUCAGGGUGAUGUAUCAAGAUCCCGUUCACUGCCUGAGCCAGUUGCACCAGCAAUCAGGCUGGAAACCACACAAAAUUCCUGCUCACUGUUCACAUUACCAGACUGCUCUGCUGCUGGGGCUGGUGAAAGGAUUCCUCUGUAUAAAGUAGCCCAUAGCAGAGCUGGUGACAAAGGAAAUGACUUAAACUUUUCCCUUAUCCCAUAUUUUCCCCCAGAUGUCAAGAGGCUGAAGGUGAUCAUCACGCCACAAUGGGUAAAAGAAGUUCUCUCACCUCUCCUGAAUCCUUGUUCAUUUCCCAACUCAGAUGCUAUUAGUGAGCGAGAUAGAUGGAUUAACGAACAUGUUAAGGUGGAAAUAUACGAAGUCAGAGGAAUUCACUCUUUGAAUGUCGUGGUCCGGAACAUUUUAGAUGGCGGCGUGAACUGCUCUCGGAGAAUUGACCGGCACGGGAAGUCGAUAUCUGAUCUCAUAUUGUCCCAACAAGUUGUAUUGCCUCCAUCAAUAUUAUAGGAUUAGGGCGUGACUGAUGGGUGAUGGCUUGCGAACCUCUCAACUUUUUGACUGUGUUCUUACUUGCCCAGUCAUGUAUUUACCUGUCAAAUUAGCUGUGUGAACUUACAGUGAUUGGAAGUAUGUUUGAUUGGAGCAGGUUCAGCUCUUUUGUA